ACUUGGGCUAGGGAUUAUAAAUUUCUAUGGAAAAAGGAGAAAGAGAGAAAUAUCAUUUUUCAUUUUGGAUUUAUUUAAUCAAUGCAAAAUGUCAGUUGUCAGAAGAUACUUAGAAAACACACUUUAGUAUACGGACAUCGCUUCAUAUCACUUGAAAAUCAUAUUGUAUAGCACCUUAUUCUCUUAUGCGGUCGAAAUUUAAGUGAUUUAAGGUUUUAUUCUCUGAUUGUGGGCUAGUUGAUUUAUUUGUCUGUCGCUUUUUACUUAUUUUCACUGUUAUCAUAAAAAAUCUACUUUACUGUAUAGUAACUAACUCAUGUACUAAGUGAUGUUUUCAAACCCAUUAUAUCCAAGAAAAGCUGCCAAACUUUCUUGUGUUAAUACACCCGAUAAAAUUGCUGUUGAAUUAUUUAGAACUUAAUUCAAUCGUGAUUUCUAAACAGUACGAUUAUAUGAAUGUCAGAGCUGACUUAAUGUCGCGGGAAGAUCUAAAUCUAGCACAGAGAAACGACCACGCGGCAUAUUGUCUGCCAUAAACGAGUAAACCUCAUCUGCAAACUAAGACUGUUUAUCAAAUUUGCCAAAAAGCUCAACAAUUUCUCCAAUUAAGAUGAUAGCUUUGAUUGGCCAGUUCCAAAUUUGUCUAAUAACCCUCAAGGAUCUCAAAGUAAUCACUAAUCUUUUUACUUGUGUUGGGAAUACAAUGAGGGGAUUUGUAUAAGAACUAAUCGCAAUUCUGUGAAGGAACUUUGCCCCAAUAUCGCUGUUUGGUAUUUGUAGGAAAUCACGCAUCUAUAAAGAACAAACACUACUCAUAAUGAUGUUGAGUUAUUACUUUAAAAUCUUUGCAUUAUUAAUGGUUUCGCCUUGUUUAGAAAAGCCCAAAUAGCCCCUAUUGGCGCUAUACUUAAUGCCUUCUGGAUCUGUUGAAUUCACCUCUAAGGCAGUGAUCUAACGGGUCGGAUAUUAUACGUAUUGUGGACUCACGGCGUGUCGCAGUGGUUGGUCCCUUAGCUAGAUCUGUUAACAUAACUCGAAACUUAGUAGCAGACCUGGGGUAAAACACUAUGUCGUGUUGAUAGAAUCUGUUUGUCAUUACCAUCACUCAAACAAAACACUUCCACCAGUCUUUAAAGAUUUCUCGAGCAGAUUUAUAACCCAGGUGGCGGGUUGAAUAGGGUUGUUUUUUUGUUCUGUUUCUUUAUUGUAAAGAGCAAGGAGAUGGUUCGGACUAUGACAAGACGCGAGAACGAACAGCGAAGGAGGUGACUCAUUCGAGCGCGUGCAACAUAGUCAUCUGUCUCACUCUAGAGCACUCCUACUAAUCAGCAUCGCAAAUGAAGAUAACCAACUAAGGCUUUAACUUCUGCAUCAUCUAUGGAACUUCGUAGUAAUUCCACGAAUAGUUCAAACACUGCCACUGGGUUGUACAUAGAGCCACAACCGCUACGCUGGACACUGCGUCUUAUUUUUAUCAUUGUUUUUCUCGUGGGCUCUGUUGGGAACUUGGUGGUUUGCAUGGCGGUGAUUCGCCGGAAAAGAUCGCGAACGAGUAACAACAUCUUCACGUUCAACCUUGCUCUGUCGGAUCUCCUGACCGUACUUAUCUACGUCCCCACUCAGAUGGCGGCGUUCGAGAACGACCACAAUUGGCCAUUUGGAAACUUCGUGUGUCAACUUGCGUACGUGAUAAUUCCGGUGUGCUUGUCCGCGUCAAUCGCGACCCUAUUGGCGAUCACGACAGAUCGGUACCGCGCAAUCGCCUACCCUAUGCGGCCCAGGCUCAGCGGCAAGCACGUUCGGGCCAUACUGGUUGCUAUAUGGACUGUGUCCAUCAUCACUGCGUUACCGCUGAUGUUUGUAGCGCGUGAGGUACGUCCGGCACCCAGACAGGUCUACUGCGACGAGGUUUGGCCCGAAGGGCCUUACAGUCGUGUCUACUGGAUUGCUAUUUUUGUCAUUCAGUACAUCUUGCCGCUCGGAAUGAUCUGCGCACUUGCGAUGCUUAUUGCGCUAAAAGUUCGCAGGAACUCCUUGAAAAUGAUCGAAAAAAGCUCGCACGUUUUAGCUGCGGCGGUCCGACAAAGAAUGAAACAGACCUCCAAAAUCACUAACAUGUUGAUAGCUCUAGUUAUUCUCUACGCAAUCUGUAUGUUACCUCAACAUGUGGUCUAUCUCUGCAUGGUGUACGGAGAUCUACUGCAGUUCAAAUACAGAGUCUAUGUUUUGCGAUUUGCUAACGUGUUCCCGAUGGCAAAUAGCGCGCUCAAUCCGAUCGCAUAUGGGACCCUUAAUAAGGAAUUCAAGAUGGUGUUUAAAAAGUUCUUCAAGUGUCAAUGUCAUCGUAUUCCGAUAGACGAUGAGUCGCAAAUCGACGGUCGGUUCUCACGAAGCAGGAGGUUCCGCUUGGCAGUGUAUCGACAUAUCGACGGUGAGGGCAACUCUGUGCUGGAGUACGGUAGAAAAUGGCGGAGGAAAUCCAGUGCUUCGUCCGUACGUGGUAACGGAAGUGCCAGACAUCAUAAUGGUGGAACGUUUAGAGCGAGGAAGAGCAGUACGAUCGCUGGUUUGAAGGGCAACUUCUUGAGUGAUAAUGGUGGUUACAUGUUGCCUAACGGUCACACUACGGAAAAGAGAUCUGGCGAAUCUGCGCGGUCUGUAGAUCACUCUGGUUCGCACUCGGGGAUAAGCGAGGUAUCAUUUGUCCAAAAACAGGUUCCUGCAGACGAUGACGAGAAGAAAAAACCUUUACGGAAAAGUAAGAUUGAGGGUUGCGUGGCGAAGGUGAACUCACAUAUUUCUACCAGCAAAUCGGGAGAAACUUCAGGGGAGUGUUUAAAAAAGGUUACGAUGGGGCAUAAAACAAAUUUGGAUGUGAGUAAAUUAGAAAAUAUGGCAGAAGGUGAAGAGACUGAGCGAGAUGGAUGUUCAUUCGUGAGUUUGAGCAGCUCACUAGAGUGGGAUCCCAUGCUCAUUGGAUGCUUGCAAAAAGAGCCCGCCCAACAAGGGCUGCACCAUUCUAAAAUAGAUAACCUUCCUUAUCACUGGACCACUAACAACUUACAAUCAUUGCUUUUACCUUCGACUAACACAUACGAUCCCGUCGAUAAUUUCCACACACUUCUUUUGUCCGUCGACAACGACAAUUCCUGUGCAAUAUCUAGUUAUGAUAGCUCUUUUAACCCUGGAACAGAGCCCUGCCCUGCCUUUAGUAGCGCAACGUCCUCCAGUAGAGAGAAAACAAGUAAUUCAAAGCACUGUGACGCCCUAGAAGUUGAUUCGGGGUUCGGCGCUGAUCCGUGCUGGUUUACAAACAACACUUUGAGUGAGAAGUGUCUAAAAGAUACCCCUACCGAGGGAUUCAAGGGAAUAUCAGCGGAGGUUCCUGACACCCCUGCUACGCCAUCCCAACCCAUGGCGACGCACGGAAGACUCGAGACCAUGUUUUUUAAGUGCAUGAGUCCUGCCAGAGAAACGACAGUAUAAAAGGCCGUUAUUAUCGAACAACACAACUCACCGCGAAAAAUAUUCGGGCAGGAAAUCUAAUCUGUUAACUUCCGUCAUAUAUUAUUUGAUUGGUUUCUUCCCGCUAUAUGGUAAUGCGCUGCGCAUUGCAAGUGAAUGGUAAUAAUUUUGAAACCUCUUUGUGAA